GCAGCCUCUCCGUCUGCUGUAAUAAUAAUAUUGUGUUUUUAUAUUUAACAUAUGCGUGCAUAGUGAAGGGGUUCAUGUGUAGUUCGGUUUGCCGUUAAAUCAUCCCGGUGCAUUCGACAGUUUAAUAUCGCGCGUGAAACGGAGGCAGAAGCUCCGGGUUGGAAAUGGCGGAUGGAGAGAGAGAUCGGAUCAGAUGAGCGAAUCCGGAACAACACCGACUUUCAUGACUGUCCGUGUGCGAUUAAACACAUCAGAUUUCACUAUACGGACUCGUCGCGUCUAGUACGGUCGGUGUGUUUAUAGAACGGAGACGGUUAACGAUGGUCCUGACAGCAUAUGUGGACACCUGUGUCCUUCGCCAGCAGACUCUGAGGAGUCAGACGGUGUCGUCAUAGCAGCAGUUCUGGAGGAAGAGGGGGAGCGAGUGUUUCGGUGGCGCCACGCCCUGCUGCAGGGUAUGGAGUACCACAGUUCAGGGACGUUGCCCAUCUUGGGCAGCCCACGCUACUGCCCGGGCACUAAAAGUGCCAGCGGCUACCUCUGCCAGACUGGCCACUGCUGCCAGGAGACGGGCUGCUGUACCUACUACUACGAGCUGUGGUGGUUCUGGCUGCUGUGGAGUGUCCUCAUCUUGUUUAGCUGCUGUUGUGCGUAUCGUCACCGGCAGGCGAAGCAGCGCAUUCAGCAGCAGCAGAGACAGAGAGAGAUCAACCUCAUGGCGUAUCAUGGAGCCUGUAGUUACCCCUCCUCCAUGCUUGACCUCAGUUUCCUCGCAUCCCUCAAAUUGCCAUCCUAUGAGGAAGUAGCUGCCCAGCCCAGAACCCCGCCCCCUCCAUACAGCUCUGUGUCUUAUGUGCGAGGCUCUGCCCACCCUGGCCCGAGUCACAUGCUGUCAUCUCAAAGUUCUGACAACUACACCAGCUGCUCCUGUGACUCCUGCUGUCCGUCAUCCCCCUGUAGCUCCUCCCCCUCUUCUGCUCAACUCACAGAUGAGACAGAUACAAGCCACGCCUCCACACCCUCUCUCGGUGAGCCUGGACACGCCCACUCCACAGCCGCGGUUACACACGGCGAAACUGUUUCAGUGCCGGCGAUCAACGAACACGGCCAAUCUCCUACGCUCAGCGCACCAGAGGUUCUGGAGGCGGAGCUAUCAGGCUCCACCCCCAUGGACUGCAACGGCAACAACCCCGUCAUCACGCCUUCGAAGAACAGCUCAGAUAAUGCUAGUAAUACCACCGUAAUAUGUGACGCAUCUCACGCAAAUAGUACUAAUAAUAUCUGCGCUGCUAGCGCAAACAACUCCAAAAACGUUCGUUCCAACGUUAGUCCAACACGUAAGAACAUCACCAGCCUUUCAAGACAAAACGCCACAACUACAAGUCCUAGCGCAACUGGCCCUCUCACCUCAACCCCUUCGCCCUCUUCCUCGUCUCUCCAACUUUUCUUGAUCUCUGACCCACUAGGUGUACGUUCUAAUCAGCAAAAUUAUGGAACGGAAAGGGAGGAGCCUGUGCAAAACGCCCCCUUUGCCCCGCCCAGAUCCGCCCGCUUUUCUCCCGCCAUGGAACCAGAGCGCCGCGAUUCCGCCGUGAGCGACUUGGAUGUGGACCAAACACACCUCCAGCAGCGACGGCUAACUGGCGACUCCGGCAUCGAGGUUUGUCGCUGCCGUAUUGAGCAAGAAGAAGAAGAUGAGGACGAAGACGAAGGCCAGUUACUGACGGAGUCGGCCGUUGGGCCAAACGAUGGUCUCCAUGACAGCCCAGACUGUUCCGCUAGAGCUAGACAACUGCCGGCGGAAGGGGGCGGAAAAGAGGCGCGGCUCGUCUCCCCGGUGCCUCUGCCGGUGGAAGCGGUCGUUAUUGCCAUGGAAACUGACUGAAGGUAAAGCAAAAGUGGGUGAUAGAAAUCCAAGGCUUAAACACUUAGUGUUAUGGGUUGCGCCAACAUCGGUACUGGGCUCAAACCACCAGCACGUGAGAGCAGCUGUAAAGACUGACGUUAGAAGAUACCCUUAAUCUUGGACCUGGUCUUUGGUCUUAGGCUUACAAAUCUCUGUUUUCAUUCUUUGUCUUUCUGUCUCUGUUGUUUGUCUGCGGACUAAGAGUAUACUAGAGAAGAUUUGACGGAUAGGAAAGCGUAAGAUGAGUUAGAAGGUAUGAAAAGAGUCGGGUGAGAUUAUAAUAACCAGACUCUCCAGAUAUCAGAAAGCACAACUGGACCUGCUUGCCUGAACAGAACCUACAACAACUGAUGCAAAACGUAGCAUUCUUCUUCUACAUCCUUUCAACGAAAUCAAUGGAUUUGCAGCGUUCUCUGAGACGGCGUAAACUCUAGCGUGUGCAGUAGGCACGGGGUUAGGUUAGUUAUAUCAGUAUGUUUGACGAAGGACAAUAUUCAGACUGUACCAGCGAAUUGGACCCUCAAAACGUUCUCUAUGAUUGUCAAGCUCCUUCUUUUGCUCGUUUAGUAAAAACACCAGCAGUUGUGAUGCGUCAACACAAACUGCACCCUUUCCACAAAAUCCUUAGAAAUGCCGGGGUGGCCAUUUUUGCACUCUUAAUUGAGACCAUUUGUCACCAGUUUUCCAGAGUUCUGGAGCGCGACGGAACCCACCAGGACAGUCCAGAACCACAGACUGCACCCUUCCCAUCCCAAUGUUCCAGAACACCAGCUCGGCGAAACAGAUGCCGCAUCGCAACCACUAAAGAAGAAUUAAUAGAACACCUCAGGACAUUUGUUUGCUUCUUCUUAUUUUUUAUUAACAUUUUGUUACGUCUUUAUGUAAAACAUUUACAACGUGUAGGCGAGUGAAUCCCCAAAAUCACAUGGUCGUAUUUCACCACAAAAUCUAAAUAAAUGUUCCCGCUUCAAGUUGAGCACAAUUAACCGCAUUUGUGACAUAAUGUUCAAAAUUCAGACUCGUCCCUCCUUUAUUUAAAAAACAAACAAACCAAAACUGUGGUUACAUAGAGGCCCUUACAAUGGAAGUUAAUGGGGCCUGUCCAUAAACACUAAAAUACAUUUCGGGGGCCCGGGUAGAAGACGCUGGUUACCACAGCACUAGUUCGCUAGUUUGAAUCCAGGGCGUGCUGAGUGAUUCCAACCAGGUCUCCUUAGCAACCAAAUUGGCCCGGUUGCUAGGGAGGGUAGAGUCACAUGGGGUAACCUCCUCGUGGUCGCUAUAAUGUGGUUCUCGCUCUCAGUGGGGCGGGUGGUGAGUGACUCCAGUCAGGUCUCCUUAGCAACCAAAUUGGGCUGGUUGCUAGGGAGGGUAGAGUCACAUGGGGCAACCUCCUCGUGGUCGCUAUAAUGUGGUUCUCACUCUCGGUGGGACAUGUGCUGACUCUUGUGAGUGGAACUACUUUCUUCCGCCACGGAUUCAGUGUCUUGUUAUGAUACAGCCUGAGCCUUCGUUGCUAGUUCGAAAACAUCACUUUAGAACUAGCAACGGAUGCUUCCUUGUAUGGAAGUAACAAGGAAGAGCGUUUGUGUGUGUGUGUGUGUGUGUGUGUGUGUAAGUGAGAAUCUCAGAGACCGAUCAUGUGCGGGAUAACCUUUGUUUGUUGCAGCUCUUUGUCCUGUAUGUGAGUGUGGGUUAGAGUUGAGGUCUGCGCGGGACUGUUUUUUCCAUCCCGCUCCCGCAAGUUUCUAUCCCGCACCUGAACGCUCACGCUGAAUUUUACUCCAUGUUCACCCGCUCCCGUUCCUACAACCCCACUGUCCCCAAUGUCUUUGUUUUAAUUGGUUAUUUUGUUGUGGUAUCCUGUAGGGCUCUUUGAAAUAACUGAAAUCAUUUGGUGCAGUGAUAUGGAACCGUUACGCGGUCAAGACCUGGAACUACUUCAUAGCCCUGCGUUUACUGGAAAAUAAUGGCACAGCUUAGAACGUCUGUCAACCAAUCAGAAUCAAGCAUUCAACAGACCCGUGGUAUAAUGAGAAUUACUGUACAAACGAAACACCAACGCAACACAUUCAAACGCAUUACAGUCAUGAGACUUUGGGGGAGGGAAAUGUGUUUAAUUGUGAUGUCACAAUGCAAACAUUCUUAACGGUUCUUAAAAUUGGUUUCAUUUUAUUUAUGCAAAAUUCUAAUUUUGUGUUUGUUUUUGUUCUGGGGUGUAACGUGUCCUGAUUAGUUUUCGUAAGGUUCAUACAUGCAGCCUAAAGAGCUGUUAACAUCAUAGAUAUAGAUAUAAUAAUGUAUAUGAAUAAUAACUAUAGUAGCUUCAGAUGGACAAUAUAAAAUGGUCUAUAUUUUGUAAGCAUGCUGUUAGGAGUGUUUGUGUGCUGUUUAAUGUCGUCAGAGGGGUUCUGUGUUCCAUCUUUAGAAUACUGACAGUGUCACCAUCAUCACUGUUGCGUUACCAUGGCGUUCAUACGACCGCUCCAGUGUGAGCAUUAGAGUGUGUUUGAUGCUGAUGUGUGACACUGUGAAAGCUGUAAUUCAAACAUUUAAAGACUAAAAGCUCAACUGAAACAACACAAUGAACAGCCUGUAUUGUAAUCUCUGUUUGCCCAGUGAAUGCUUUGUGUGUGUGUGUGUGUGUGUGAGUGUGUGUGUGUGUGUGUGUGUGUGUGUGUG